CGGGGGCCGCCAUGGCCCGGCGGCGGCGCCGCGCCUGCAUCGCGCUGUUCCUGGUGCUGCUCUUCGCCUUCGGCACCCUCAUGGGCCUGCGCACGCUCAAGGUUCCGGACGGACUCCCGGCGCUGGGCCCGGGCCUGGAGGUAGCGCCCUUUGAGCGACGCCCGGAGGGGGCCCCCGCGCCCGCAGCCCGGGCCCCGGCCGCCCCCGCCGCGCCGCCGCCCCCGCCGCCGCCGCCCCGCACUGCGGGCCCGGGCAGCCCCCCGGGCCCGGUCCCCGCGGAGGCCGAGCCCGCCCCCGGGCGGAGUCUGCGCGUCUACUCGGACCUGCACGCCUUCUACUACUCGUGGUACGGGAGCCCGCGGCGCGAGGGCCACUACAUUCACUGGGACCACGUCAUGGUGCCGCACUGGGACCCCAAGAUCUCGGCCAGCUACCCCCGCGGCCGCCAUAGCCCCCCCGACGACUUGGGCUCCAGCUUCUACCCGGAGCUAGGGCCCUACAGCUCCCGGGACCCCGACGUGCUGCGGGAGCACAUGACCCAGCUCAAGGAAGCCGCCAUCGGCGUCCUGGUCCUGUCCUGGUACCCACCUGGCAUGGCUGAUGAUAAUGGAGAACCCUCAGAUGACCUGGUGCCAGCCGUUCUGGACACCGCCCAUCAGUACAACAUCCAGGUGGCCUUCCACAUCCAGCCCUACAAGGGCCGGGAUGACAUCACUCUGCAUGACAACAUCAAGUACAUCAUUGACACGUAUGGCUCCCAUGGUGCAUUUUACCGCUAUAAGAACAGCAUGGGCAAGAGCCUCCCACUCUUUUAUAUCUACGACUCAUACCUGACAUCCCCUGAGGCCUGGGCCCACCUCCUGACACCAAACGGGCCCCACUCAAUCCGCAACACCCCCUAUGAUGGGGUCUUCAUCGCACUGUUGGUGGAGGAGGGCCACACCCACGACAUCCUGGCUGCCGGAUUCGAUGGCAUGUACACCUACUUUGCCUCCAACGGUUUCUCCUUUGGCUCCUCCCAUCAGAACUGGAAAGCUGUGAAGAACUUUUGUGAUGCCAACAACCUCAUGUUCAUCCCCAGCGUGGGGCCUGGCUACAUUGACACCAGCAUCCGGCCCUGGAACAACCACAAUACGAGGAACAGGGUCAAUGGCAAGUACUAUGAGACGGCCCUGCAGGCAGCCCUGACGGUGAGGCCCGAGAUUGUCUCCAUCACCUCUUUCAAUGAGUGGCAUGAGGGCACCCAGAUUGAGAAGGCCAUCCCCAAGAAGACACCAACUCGUCUGUAUUUGGACUACCUGCCUCAUCAGCCCAGCCUGUACCUGGAGCUGACUCGCCGCUGGGCGGAGCACUUCAUCAAAGAGAAGGAGCAGUGGCUGAUGUGAGGGGCCUGCAAACAGGGGCACGAGGUGCUGAUGUCCCAGCCUCACUGGAAGAUGUCACCACGUGGGGCUCAGCUGAGGUUGUAGGCACUCGCUCGUCUCCAAGUCAGCAGCUGGGUGCUUCUGGGUGGGCCAUCAAGCCUGGGCCCGUGUAGAACAGGGCCUGCUCCUCAGGCAAGUGGUGCUGGGGUACUCUGCAAGUGACAGGAGACUAGGCGGUGUUCCAGAGAGGGAACCAUAGAGGCUGGCAGGUGACUGGACCUAGCCCAGGGCAGCUCCACAUCCUCAGUCAGAACACUUGAAAACGAUCCCUUUUAGCUUUGAAAUCGGCAGGUGGUGUGUAGUGGAGUCGCUGAGUCACUGCUCUCAGAAGGGUGUCAGGGUUCUGGGCUAGCAUGCACCCUCUCCCUUCUGCCAGCCUGUGUCAUCUCUUUAGGCCUCCUUCCCACAUCAUCUGUCUUCUCCACAUUAGGGAACCAUAUUUGAGACUUUCUAAAAGGGAAAUUCUCUUCCCAAUAGAUUCCUGAACCCAAUUAUCAUGAAGUAAUCCUGAGCAUUCACACAGUUACUCAACACACACUAACUGAGCACUACUCUGUGCUGGGUGCUGGGGGAACACUUGACCAGGACUGGUUCCUGUCUUCCUGACGCUUACAGGAUCCAGCUUUCCUUAUUUGGUGUGGCCUUGUAGCUAGGGCCUGAGCACAGCUAUGUUCUUCCUUUUUGCAGUUUUUCCCAGUGCUGGAAACUCAGUUCUUUUUCCUCUAAGAAAAUACCUCUGUGCUGCAGAGCCUACCUUUUCCCCGAUGAACAUUUAGCUCCAGGGAGAAGACCAGGACAUCCCCCUCCCUGUUGCCGCCUGAACUGAAUGAGGCCCACUCACUAGAGCCAUUUUCAGUGCUCCUGUGAUUUGUGUUAAUUAGGACGUGGUAUUCUCAAGUAAGCAUUCCUUUUGCUCUUAGUUCACCAGUUCUUACGCCUCAGUCAGAUUCUGUGACAAACUGACAUGCGGGAUGGGCUGGCUACUGUGUUUGUUAGCACAAUGAAGAGUGAGUUUGCUUAAGAAAUUAGUAGUUUAAACAAGAUUUCUAGAGGGAAUAGUUAACAAACCAGUGCUUAUUUACAAAUAAACUAAUAUGCUAAUUGCAGGGACCUUCAAAGCAGGCCCUGGGACACCUUCAUGGCAAGAUGCUUAGGAUCUACUUGAAAAUACGUGCAGUGGAAACCACCAUAUUGUGAAGUUUAUGGGCUCAAGACUGAAUCCCAAAUCUGAGAACUGGGGUGCAGGGAGGGAGUGGGGGAAGCAAGCCCCACUCGUUACCACAGGGCCCCAGCUCAUUAUGUAACCGAUACGAAACCCCACUGAUGGAUGGGGCAGGCCUCGUGGCCUGGCUUGUGACUUAGUUGGGGAAACCUAGGCAGACAGAGACAGGUGAAAAGGGUUGGAUGGUGACCUGCAGUAAUUUACAGAAGGGAGCAACAAUAAGGCUUCAUUUAACAUAUAUACAAUUUGAAAAACAUUACAAGUAUGGCAAAGCCAGGGGCAGGGGCAGCAAUUCUCACACGUUGCUGAUGGCAAAUGCAACAUGGUUCAGUUCUUUUGAAGGCUAACCUGUAUCAAAAGCCAUAAAAUGUUCAUACACUUUGGCCCAGUAAUCCUACCCUAAAGAAAGAAUUCAAAAGAAGAAAAAUAAACCAUUUACAAAGAUGUUUAAUAGCAGCAUUAUUUUCUAUUAAAGAAAAACAAAGUUCAAAUGCCCAACAAUAAUUAUGUUUAACACUUGGUAUACAUAUGAACAAAGAUAAAGGCUGCUGAGAAGACACUAUAUUUAAAUAAUGGUG